AUGGUCAAUUUCAACGUUAAUGGUAAAAUUGCUUUAGUCACUGGUGGAACAAGAGGAUUAGGUUUACAUUGUGCAGAAGCAUUAGUUGAAAAUGGAGCUAAAACAGUCAUAAUUACAUCAAGAAAAGCAAAAGCUUGUGAAGAAGCUAAAGUUCAAUUAGAAGAAUUAGCAAAAAAAAAAGGAAAUAAUCAAUGUGAAAUUAUAUCAAUACCAGCUGAUUUAGCUGAUGAAAAACAAUGUGAAGAAUUAUUUAAAAAAAUUAAUGAAAAAAUUGAUAAAUUAGAUAUUUUAGUUGCUAAUGCUGGUGCAACUUGGGGUGCUCCAUUAGAAGAUCAUAGUGUUUCAGCUGUUAAAAAAGUAUUAAAUUUAAAUGUUGCAGCUGUUUAUCAUUCAAUUCAAUUAUCUGUACCAUUAUUAGAAAAAGCAGCUACAAAAGAAGAUCCUUCUAGGAUUAUUAUAAUGUCAUCAAUUAUAUCUGUUUUAAGUAAUGAUUCAGUUGGUACUUAUGGUUAUUUAGCUUCAAAAGCUGCCGUCUCACAUUUAGGUAGAAAUUUAGCUGUACAAUUUGCUCCAAGACAUAUUAAUGUUAAUUCUAUUUUACCUGGUUUUUUCCCAACUAAAAUGGCAAAUGGUUUAAUUGAAGUUGCUGGUGAUAUGAUGAGAGAAACUAAUCCAAGAGGUAGAUUAGGUGAAAAAGAAGAUUUACAAGCUGCUUUAAUUUUCUUAUGUUCAAAACAAGCUAAUUAUAUUAAUGCUGUUGAAUUACCAGUAGAUGGUGGAGCAAAAAAUAAUAGUCCUGCUUCACAUUUUUAG